UUACCAGUGGUAUUUUAAACUUAGCCGCACACGGUCACACUGCCCACUGACAAUAUUGGCGUUCCAAAAUAAAACAACAACAAAACACGGCUUGUUUUCCACGGCUCGCGAGCUUAAACACCAAACAGCACGUGUCCGCGGCCACCGUGGACGCAAAAGAUGUCCAACGGGCGCUACGGAAGAUUCGGAGCACUCAUCGGCGUCGCCUGCGUGAGCAGCACCCACUGCCGCUUUCUGAUUUACUCAACCAAAAAUGCAGAGGUUCUGGCCUACCAUGAGCUCAAGCUGCGCCAGAUUGUCCACCAGUCCGGGUGGAUGGAGUACGACCCGGCGGAGAUAUGGAAGAACACGCAGGAGUGCAUUGAGGUCGCCUACAAGAACCUGGUUAUACUAGAGAUCAAUCCGCAUGAUAUCAUCGCCAUGGGAAUCGUAAAUCAGCGGGGCACUGCGGUGCUGUGGAACAAGCAGACGGGUCAGCCGCUGCACAAUGCCAUCGGCUGGUCCGAUUGCAGGAGCACCCCGAUCCUGAGGAACCUGCUCCACAAUGUCCGCCACAAUGUGGACUACGUGCGCUACCGCAGUGGCCUGCCCCUGAGCAGCUGCUUCAGUGCCCUCAAGAUUCGCUGGCUGAUGGACCACGUCCCCUCCGUUGCCACUGCCAUUGAGGAGGGCAAGGUCCUUUUCGGCACCCUCGACUCCUGGCUGCUGUGGAACCUCACGGGCGGCGUGGAGACGGGAGUGCACUCUACGGAUCUCACCAAUGCCCACUACACCUCCCUCAUGAACCUGUCCACGCAGCAGUGGGACCCCAAGCUGUGCCAGUUCUUCAAACUGCCCAUGGACAUACUGCCACGCAUACGUUCCAAUUCCGAGAUAUUCGGCUAUGUGCUGGAGGGUCCGCUCCUGGGCCUUCCCAUUGCGGGCAUGAUGGGCGAGCAGCCGGCCAGUUUGCUGGGCCAACUCUGCGUGAAGGCUGGGCAGAACGUGUGCACCCUGGACGACAGCUGCUUUGUGCUGCUCAACACGGCCAAGGAGAAACUGGACUCGGCCAACGGACUGAUCACGGGCAUAGCGCACAAGCUGGGCGACAAGGUGGCCACCAACUACACGCUCGAGGGAGCCAUCUCCAAUGCGGGAUCCACGGUGACCUGGCUGCGGGAGAAGCUACAGAUCAACACUGAGAUAAAUUCCAACGACAAUGUGGUGGAGUCCCUCAACACAUUCAUCGGCGAGAACUCGAUGAUCUCCUCCUCCUGUUCGUCCUCCAUGCUGAAUGCCGAGUGUGGACUGGCGGCCAAGCGGUCGGAGGUCACGUUCGUUCCGGCCUUUCAUGGGUUGUAUGCUCCCUACUGGCGGCACGAUGCCAGGGGCAUUAUCUUGGGACUCACCAGCCAGACCACGGCGGAGAACAUUACGCAAGCGGCUUACGAAGCCACUGGCUUCCAGAUCUUCGAGGUUCUGGAGGCCUUCAAGCGGGACACGCCCAACUGGGACCGCUCCACCAUGCAGCCUGUGCUCACGUUUGGCGGCGAUUACGCCGAGAACUCGCAUCUGGUGCAGUUCAUAGCGGACAUAAUUGGCUACAUGCUGGAGCGGCCGCAGACCACAUCGCCAGCUGGCUUGGGCGUCAUGAUAGCCGCGGGCGUGACCAUGAAAGUGGUAUCCCUGCAGUACGCCGUGAAAAUGUACGCCCCGCCCACGGAUGUCUUCUCGCCCACCACCACAAGGAAUCGUCGCGAGCUGCUCUACAGGCGCUGGGAUUAUGCGGUUAAGAGAUGCCUGCAUUGGAACAACUACGAGACCUACGAGGCAGAUGUCGAGCUGUUCGCCCAAAGAGAACUUGAUCCCAAUUUACCAGUUCGACGUUCUAUACCCGGUAGUCUGUUCCUGACCACGUCCUUUGCCCUGAUCCUGCUGGCUAACUAUCUGAAGAACAAUCCCAUGCUAUAGUUUCCAGUCGAGUUAGGGAACCGGCGCAGUUCAAUCUAGUCAACUGAACACGUUCAAGAGUGUGCAUUAAAAUUUAUUGUUUAGUUUAGCAUGUAAUCUUAUCUAGUUGCUUUGAUAUGUAUAUACAAUCCUUUAUAGUUUUUUGCCCGCGUUGUAGAUCAAAAUAUUUGUGAUUCACCUAUAUACACCACCAUAGAUAUACAAGUUUCUUCUAUAAGCUCAUUAUGUUCCUCCUAUGUUGAACAUUCAGUUUAAGCUGUGCGUAUUUAUUUCGAAACCCAAAGACAAUUGUUAAAGCUGUUGCGAGAUGAGCACAAAAGUCGACAUCAUCCUUCAUGCGUUAUGGAAAGUUGUAACUGAGUAAACCAAGAGAACGUGAAAGCAAACUGUUGAGAUUGUGUUUUACAAGUGGAAAAAGCGGAGCACAAGUGGCCAGUGUUUGCCAGCUGAAAUCCAUUUGCCAGUUAAUUAGCUGGCUGGUGCUCCUCCACGAGGAGUAGCAUUCAUCACCUGCCCCCGGCUGCAGCUCACCACAUUGAAUGCAGCUUAAGUUAUUGCGCUUAUUGUUGACACGCGAAUUGUUGAAGGAGCAGCAGCUGUGCCCGUGCAUUCCGGCCUGCAGCCAAUGUGCACUUGAACGCGCCUGCCCCGGAACUGGAGGAGGAUGGAUGAUGGAGCAGGCCACUGGAGGAGCACCCUUGGCUGUUGUUGUCUCUGCUCUGCCCUCCACUUCGUUGUCGUCCAGCCAAGGGAGUCGAGCAGGCGAGGCACUCUUUCAAAUGAGUUUUUAUGCGCGAGCGUUUGCCAAAUGCCCUACGGAAAAACGAGUGAGGCUAAUUAUUUGCCAUUGCGAGCUGUGGAUAAAGUUUAAUGGCAUGAUGGCUAAUUAUUUUGUUAAGAAAACUCAUGCAUACUAUUAUUUGCGUUAGCAGAAAAUAAAGCAGGGAUUAAACCUUCACCUAUAAAUAGAGGGCACACUACAUCGAAAUAUAUUUACUAUUAUUUACCUAGCAAAUGUUUAUGUAAUCUCUAUAUGUUGUGAAGCAAUAGUAGUCAACAAAUAAACCUCUAAAGUUAAAUGAUUGAAA